AAUUAGUUUGUUAUUGAAUAUAGAGUUUAUAUUCUUCCUUAUUUAUAAUUUGUUCGUUCAUAAAUAAUAAAUAAAUAAAAUAUUUUAACAACAAAGAAACUUCUGUUUAAACUACUUCCGGCCACGUUACGGGCUGACGUCAUCAGAGUGCGUCGGACUGUUGACAUUAAAGGAAAAACUAACGAAGAAAAUAACGAAGAAUAACGGAUUAAUUACCGGAUUAAUUACCGGAGGAUUACCGUCAGAGUACCGGAGGAUUUACCGGAGGGGUUAACGGAGCUGCGCCGGUAGUCUGAGCUCGGCUCCCAGCAUGCACCUCUUCUAGCACACAGCAUGAGAGGCGAUGAAGAGGCCAAAGUUCGCCGGAGUCUUCCUCUUCGCUGGCUUCCUGCUGGCUUACCUGAUGUUUGUGAAGCGUCACUACGCCUCCACCAAUCCCCAAAGCUACAGACAGCCCCCCCACCUGCAGCAGCCCCCCCACCUGCAGCAGCCCCCCCACCUGCAGCAGCAGCCCCCCCAACCCGACCCCCCCACAGGAACCACCGGCUUCCAGUAUGGCAUCAUGUUCGACGCUGGGAGCACUGGGACCAGAGUCCAUAUCUUCAAGUUCCAGACAGACAGCAGAGGAGCUCCUGAACUUUCCCAGGAAACGUUCAGAGCCAUCAAACCUGGACUGUCUGCCUACGCUGACGAUCCUCAGAAGUGCUCCUCAGGUAUAGCAGAGUUAUUGGAGGAGGCCCAGAGGAGUGUCCCCUCCCCUCUCUGGACUAGGACUCCUGUGGUGUUGAAGGCGACGGCUGGUCUGCGUCUGCUGCCUGGAGAGAAAGCUCAGCUGCUGCUGGACACUGUGAAGCAGCUGUUUAUAGAGUCUCCCUUCCUGUCUACUGAGGACAGCGUCUCCAUCAUGGACGGCACUGAUGAAGGGAUCUCUGCCUGGAUCACCGUUAACUUCCUGACUGGAGGACUCCACCAGUCAGACUCUCCCACUGUAGGGAUGCUGGAUCUCGGAGGAGGAUCCACUCAGAUCACCUUCAGCCCUCAGGACGAGAAAACCAUCCAGACCUCACCGAUCGAGUUCAUCAGAUCCUUCCAGAUGUUCAACAACACACACACCGUCUACACACACAGUUAUCUGGGUUUGGGUCUGAUGUCAGCUCGGCUCUCUGUGUUAGGAGGCGUGGAGGCUCUGCCCUUGGGGGGCAGCACCCAGCUGGUCAGCCCCUGCCUUGCUCCAGAGUACUCAGGCAGCUGGGAGCACGCUGACGUCCUCUACACCGUCAGGGGCCAGAAGGCAGGUGAACCGGUGUAUGAUGCGUGUCGUAUUAAGGUGGAGAAGCUUCUCUACAGGAAAGUGUUUAAAGCUUCGGAGGCUGCAGACGUUGAAUUCUACGCUUUCUCAUAUUAUUAUGAUCGAGCUGUAGACCUGGGACUCAUCGAGGAGCAGACAGGAGGAAGCAUCAGAGUGUCAGAUUACAUCGAUGCUGCUAAACGAGUGUGUAGUUCUCCGUCUCCUCUUCAGAGUCCGUUUCUGUGUCUGGAUCUUGUUUACAUCUCAGUGCUGCUGCAGGAACUCGGCUUCCCCCCCACCAAGUACUUCAAGCUGGCGCGGACCAUCCAGCAGGUGGAGACCAGCUGGGCUUUAGGAGCAACGUUUCAUUACAUGGAGACUCUGAAGAGAUCCUGAUGAUCCAGACGCUGCGCUCCUAUUGGCUGAGCUCAGCUAGGUGUUGCAGACUCCGGACUCUGAUUGGAUGAACAUUCAGCUGAUCAUUGAUGAAUGAACCAAUGGUUGCAGCCAAUCAGAGACACUCCUGCAGCCAAUCAGAGACACUCCUGCUCCUCACCUGCAGGUGUCAAGUGAACCUGACCGUCCAAUCAGACGCUUCAUACACAGUGACCUCAUAAACACUCCAGCAGCAACGUUUACAUCGUCUUUAUAUUUAAUCUGAUUUUAAUGUUUGAAACUCCAGACUGUGUUUAAUGUGAUGCAACAGUUAAAGAGUGAACUGCUCCUUUAAUGCAGAAUAUUAUUAUUAUUAUUAUUAUUAUUAUUAAAGGAAACCAGUGAAGUAUUUUAAGCUGUAUUUAUUUGAGCAGAACGUUUCCAUCUCUCCUCUCAGCUGAGCCAAACGACAGCCAUGAUUGUUUCCUGCUCUGAUAAUAAUAAAGACGCUGAUGAUGAUGAUGAUGGUUACA